CCCUAGAUAGUUAUUUCCAAAUGUUGUUUUUUUAAUAUGCAUGCAUGCGUGAGAAAAAUGUAAAACAUCAGGAAUUAUCAGCUGAUAAGUAAAAUAAUAAUGUAUACUUUAUUAAUGUUUACAUUUGACAGAAGAACUCAAGAAUUCACUUGUCAGUAGUUGUUUAACACACGAUCAUUGUGACUUUUGUUUAUUUAUAAUGAAAAAAAACAACUCCAAGUUUUUGAUAUUUAUUGUGUUGUGUAAAAAAAAAGUGGGAGAAACUAGAAAAUUAUCAACAAAAUAAAGUGCCGUUAUAUACAGUCUCUUUUAACUUCCACUAGUUUGUGACCACGUAUACCUAUUUUGAAUAGUUGAAAUAAAUCUAUUGAGUUAGACGCGUGCGUGUAGUUAAGCACGUAAUUGACAGGGGGAAAGUUUUCCUUUUCAAUAUUUCUCCUAUAUUUUUUAGUUGAUUCGCAGUGUUACGAUAGUUUCGAGGCAAAAAAAAAAAACUUUUACUUCCAUAUCCUGUAAUUUCAGGAUAAUUUCAAUGGUGCAUCAUCAAUGAUAUUUUAUUUAUUUUACCAGUGUUAUUGUUGCUAUAAUGAUUGCUCUUGACAGUAUGUCAAAUUCUGUAUUUAUUCUCCUUAUAUUGUCUACUGUAGCACAAUGUAAUUAUUUCGGGACCAACACCGUUAAAAAUAAUCAAUGUUUUUGUCAGCUUGAAGGAUCCAUCGAUGAUUGUAGUUGUACAGUUGAUACUGUUGAUUAUUUUAAUAAUAUGAAAAUUUAUCCCCGACUACAAAGUCUUCUUGUUAGGGAUUAUUUUCGAUUUUAUAAAGUCAAUUUAAAACAAGUAUGUCCUUUUUGGGCAGAUGAUAGUAAAUGUGCUAUUUUCCAUUGCCACGUACAACCUUGUCAAGAUGAGGACAUUCCAAUUGGUUUAAAAGGUGAAAAUCCACAUAAUGUUCAUUUGAACGAAAGUCCUGUUGAAAAAUAUAAAGCAGAAUCACAACUUACAAAUUGUCAACAAACAGCUAGAGAUCAUAAUGCCGAAUUAGGUUAUUUAAAUACAACAAUUAGUUCUGAAAAUUAUAAAGAAUUUGAACGAUGGAAAAUACAUGACAAUGCUCAAGAUAAUUUCUGUAUAAAAGAAGAUAAACCAGGAGAAUAUGUUGAUUUGUUACUAAAUCCCGAGAGAUAUACAGGAUAUAAAGGACCUAGUGCACACAGAAUAUGGCGUAGUAUCUAUAUGGAAAAUUGUUUCAGGCCUGAUAAUUCACCUCAUAUUUUUAUUCAAGCCUCAAAAAUGAAUGGAAUGUGUUUGGAAAAACGAGCAUUUUAUAGAGCAAUUUCGGGAUUACAUGCAAGUAUUAAUAUUCAUUUGUGUGCAAAAUCGUUACUAUCAACUCAAGGUGGUUUAACAAUUGUCUCGCAUGGUGGACGUUGGGGACGUAAUUUAGAAGAAUUACAAGAAAGAUUCUCACCUGAAACAACACGUGGUGAAGGGCCAAAUUGGCUCAAGAAUUUAUAUUUUCUUUAUUUACUUGAAUUGCGAGCAUUGGCAAAGGCAGCACCUUAUUUAUAUAGAGAAGAAUACUACACCGGAAGUGAUGGCGAGGAUGAAGACACUCGGCUCGCUGUUAAAGACAUUUUAAAUGUUGUUGAAUUAUUUCCUAAUCAUUUCAAUGAAAGUGUUAUGUUUAAUGGCGGUGUUCAAGCUCAAAUAUUGAAAGAAGAAUUUAGACAACAUUUUAUAAAUAUUUCCCGUAUAAUGGAUUGUGUGGGUUGUGAAAAAUGUAAAUUAUGGGGAAAAUUACAAGUGCAAGGAGUUGGAACGGCGCUCAAAAUUCUUUUCUCAGGAAAAUUCGAUAAAUGGGAACACACUGUUAAUGCUUAUAAUAAAAGGCAUUUUUAUUUGGAGAGAAGUGAAAUUGUCGCUCUUUUUAACGGCUUUGGAAGAUUAUCGGAAAGCAUUUAUGAAUUAGAUAAAUUCCGACAAUUGAUGGGAACGAAGUACUGAAUUAGAAUCCAAAGGAAUUAAUACAUUCUUUUCCAGUACCAGUACAUCACAUUAGCUUUAAGUAUAUCUAGAUUUUUCUAUUCAGAUAUUGAUUUUUUUUUUUACACUUUGAUACUUUUAUCAGUUUAAUAUAGAAAAUCGUAAAAUAUCUGCCAUGAAGUUGAAAAGAAAAAAAACAAUUUUUUACUCUUCUAUUAGAUUCAGAAUAAUUUUUUUUUGUCUAAAAUCAAUUUGAGAAAUGUACAGUUAUUUUUUUGUUUUUAAUAAUUUUGUGGUAGAAUUUUAAAAUAUGAACUAUCCUCGCCGGCAUCCAACUUUGUCUGUGAUAAAAGAUAUCCUUGUUAUUAAAUAAGCUAUAGACAUUGCACUUUUUGGUCUUCGAGUUAUCAGCAUAGAUUAUCUAAUUCAAAUAAUUUUUUUUUUUUUAAUAUACUUGAAAGACUCGAGAGAAAGAAUGGUCUGGUGUAUGUAAAAAAAUGAUAUUAUCGAUAUACAUAUACAUAAUAUAUUUUUUAUUCAAUCUUUAUACUUCUAUGAGAUGUUUUUAAAUUUUCUCAAAAAAAGGAUUUUAAAGUAAAAUAUUAGAUAGUAAUGAACUAAUAUAAUAUUAAUGAAAACAAUUUCGAUUUAAUAAUAUUGUAUUAAUUCAUAUGACUAAAGCAAUUUUUCUUUUUGUAUUAUAUGAAUUAAAAAUGAAAGUGAAAUUUCUCUUUCUGCAAAUGAGUGCAAAAGUCUUCACUUUAGUGCAAUGAUUUUCUAUAAAUGUCAUUUUUUUUUGCGAAAGCGAAUAAUUAUAUGAAGAUAUUAUUUAGUUGUUUAAAUUUUUAAAAAAUUAGAUCUAAAAUGCUUAAUAUAUAUUUUAUGUAAGUACGUAGAAUUUUUAAUAAUUGAAUGAAAGAUUUUAAUGUAUCUACAGAAAGAUUACUGAAGUAAUCACUUCCAAUUAUAAAAUUAUAAUUUUAUUUAUAAUGCAUCAUUCUUUGAUAAUUACUGCGAUUUUGUUGUUAAUAGUUAAAAAUUAUUUUAAUUGAAUUUUAGCUGUAUUUUAUUAAUAUUGUCAUAAAAUCAUUAUUGUGCGUGAAAUAUAU